GAUGAGCGUGGAGACACAGUACUACACCAUGCUGUUUCAUGGAAAAUUCGUCCGAACCCAGAGAUCAUGAUAUUGCUUGUUGAUUACAGAGCAGAUCCCAAUGCUCGGAAUAUAGUGGGGCAAACACCACUAUACGACGCAGUAGAAAGGAAAAGUCGAAAACUUGUUAAGGCUUUAUUGAAACUUGGAAGCGAUACAAACGCGAAAGACAGUAAUGGCGACACGGUGCUACACGUUGCUGCUGCACAGGCUGAUACAGCCAUGAUAGACCUGCUGCUCAAAAACAGUGCCGACAUCACGGCUGUCUCAGAUCUCGAUUGGACUCCUCUUCAUUACGCA